AUGUCUCCUCGUCACCAAAGCCACCUGGACAAAUGUCCCGCCACAGUCCGCGUUCCUCCCGUCAACCUAUGGACGACGACAGAUGUCGCCGCUUUCCCCAAUGACCACACAUAUCUCAGCAGCAUGUCCGAAUGCUGCGGCGAAACUGCCAAAAUCACACUCUACAACAAGCGCUGUGCACGGUUCUGCAACACCAGCGGAAACACAACAGAUGUCGUCGACUGUCUACAAAAUGCUGGGCUUACCAAAGCAACGAGCUAUCACAAUGACAAUGGCGGGAAGAGCGCUGCCAUCUCGUUGUCCAAACCCGGCUGGGGUCUGAUCAUGAUGGUUGUGGGGAGCUUGAUCGCCGGCACGCUAUGA